AUGGCGCUCGAGACCAAGGCUACCAUCACCACCUUUGGGGGACGCUUCCUCAAGCUCUCCCACAACUCAUCCACCACCUCCACACCCAUGAACUUUACAGUGUUCAUUCCCCCUGGCGCCUCUUCUUCCAAGCCGGCUCCUGUCCUGAUCUAUCUCUCCGGUCUGACCUGUACGCCAGACAACGUCACGGAGAAGGGCUUCCUGCACGCUCACGCGUCCAAGCUGGGUCUUGCGCUGCUCUACCCCGACACCUCGCCCCGAGGCACCGACCUGCCCGGCGAGCAUGACUCGUGGGACUUUGGCAGCGCCGCGAGCUUCUACAUUGAUGCCACCAAGGAGCCCUACAGCAAGCACUACCAGAUGGAGAGCUACCUCACCAAGGAGCUGCCCGAGCUGGUCUUCUCCGAGUUCAAGGAGCUCGACAAGACCAAGGUGUCCAUCGCCGGACACUCCAUGGGCGGGCACGGCGCCUUGACGCUCUACCUCAAGAACCCGGGCAUGUACAAGAGCGUCUCGGCCUGGGCCCCCAUCGCCAACCCGUCGCAGUGCCCGUGGGGCGAGAAGGCAUUUGGGGGGUACAUUGGCGACGAUAAGGCUGAGUGGAAGAAGCAUGACGCCACAGAACUCGUCAAGUCCUGGAAGAACGGCCCACUAAAGGCCCUCAUCGACGUCGGCACCGGGGACAACUUUUACAAGCAGAAGCAGCUGCUGCCAGAGAACUUUGCGGCGGCCGUGAAAGAAGCUGGCGUGGAGGACGUGACGGUGCGGUACCAGGAUGGGUACGACCACGCGUACUUUUUCAUUUCGACCUUUGGCGAAGAUCACGUCAAGCACGCGGCCAAACACCUUGGCCUGCUGUAA